AUGCCGUUCAUUCAUAACGCACUUGUUUUACAACACGAGCCUAGUGGGUUUUCCUACAUAUUUGAUGCCGUGCGAGCACUACAUUGUGUGCACGGUGUGCGAGAUGACGUGCAGCAUAUGGCCAUGGAUUGUGCAUAUGCAAGUCAACACACAGACACGAACGAAACAUACCAUCGCCCGCGUCGUCGGCUGUCACAAAGUGGCGUCCAAGUGUCGUACGCAAAGAAAUGGGGAGAAUCACGGCAACAUGCAUUAUCGUCGACGACAGCGUCGUCAACCCCGCAAGUAUCCAUGACGAAACCGUACGACUGGACGUAUUCGACGACAUGGCCUGGCCAACCGGGAAAAGCAGCACCUGUUGACAUCUAUGCACAGAAUGCGGCAAAAACUGAGCGUACGAUAUGGGAACCGUGUGAUGCCGAGUAG